ACUCUUUCUGCCCUCAAGGAAAUGCAGUUUCAUCAGCACUGAUAAAGAGCUUUGAAUUCAUAUCAGGGUGGAGGUUUUCUUCAUUUGCAAUGCCGAUAAGUGACAUGCGGCAAGACGGCAAUGGUCUCGACACAAUGGGCGAGAUUGACAGUAAUGGCAGCUGUGAUAGCGUGGUCAGCUUCAACUCAUGCUUUAGUGAUGAAAGUCUAGAGUAUCUUUCCGCUGAGGAGAAGGCUUGUCUCAUGUACCUAGAGGAGACUAUUCAGUCAUUGGAUACAGAGGAUGACAGUGGCUUGUCUAAUGACGAAUCCCUUCAGCUGCCAGCACGAGGAAAUGUAGCUAACAAAGCAGCCCACAUCUCUGCAUCAAUAAAACUCAACAAGCUCCCUAGUCAAGAUAUGCCCAAAAGCCGAUCUGAAGGUCUAUAUUCAUCUGGCAGCUUCGAGCAAAAUUCUGAAAUUCUGAAUUAUAUGGUUCCUACGCCAUUUGUCCUCGCAAACCAUAAUUCAAAACUCCAAACCAGAGCUGCGUCCCAGAAAAACACAGCAUCCAAAGUGACAUCUGAAUCUAUCCAGAUCCACCAAGAAGCUCCACGAGUUCCCCCAGAGGUCAACGUUGUUGUGAUACCACCUCCACGUAAAGCCAAAAGUAGUAAAGAAAUUAAGAAGGAACAACAGAAAAAUUUGCAGUCAGAGAACGUGGCGCAUAGAGGACCGCUUUCCUAUGAAGCUCUGGUGCAGCUGCGCAAGAGUGCGUCCAUGAGGAAAACCAAUGCAACUGAAGCUAAUUAUUCCACAAAAAAAGAUAUUAAUGGGAAAACCUCUGAAUCCCAAACCAUUUUCAAACCUGCUCCUCCACCGGUAGCUCCUAAACCUAAAAAGAAAUUGAACCAAGAAGGAGCAUCUGGAACCAAUAAGGACUCCUCGAUGGCUUAUUCAGGAGAAAAAUUAAUGAAUCCAGAGAAAGUAAGAGUGGAGGCUCUUUGCAAGUUGGGUCUUCUCAAGGAAGACGCAAAGAUCUGCAAACAGCUAAAGCAAUCUCAAUCUAAACCAGCAAACCAGGCCUCAAGUGAACAUCUUGCAAACAGUAUCCCAGCAAGACCUGAAGAACAAAUAAAUCAGACAGUUCAAAGAUCCAGUCCGCUCCACCAGAGGUCAGCGAGCGAUCUUUUGACAUCGUCUUCCCAUGCACAACAUGCCAAUAUGACUUCAACGGCAAAAUCCGCCACUUUGGAACGCACUGGAAUGGGACUGUCUGGAUCAAACACCAAUGCAGUUUCUCAGAGCCACAGGCCACGCUCUUCUACAAUGGCAACCAAUAAAGAUACUCAAAUGGAUGCAAAUGAAUCGACACCCAGAAAACCCUUCAAUAUAUUGUCGUCUCGUACAAAAGUUUUCAGCGUGCCGGUUCCCAGCAUCGGAAAAGAUCGGAGAGAGGCAUUACGAAAACUAGGAUUGUUGAAAAACUGAGAUUUGUUCUCUACGGUUUUUUUUCCCCCAGGUCCGAAUCAAUGCUCCAUUUAACAAGAAUACUAUCUUAUCAGUCAUUUAUGAGCACUAUAUGUUUUACAACUUUCUUCCGAAGACAACAAUAGCUUCAAAAGUAACCGUUGAGCCUACUGAGGCUUUGAAGUGGAGAUAAAGGUUAGGAUGUGAUUUUUGCUUGCUGGGUUUCUAUGGAACAAAAUCAGUGCCAAAAGUAUUGAAAUAAAAAGCUGAAUUAUACUGAAUUAACAACUGAAUUAACAACUGCUUGCAUUUUAAUGACUUGAAUUGCCAGGGUUUGAAUUUUUAGGUCCUGAAACUGAACACAGCUGUUUAUUUUAGGGUUUAGAAUACCCUGGAGUACUUUUUAUUCAUUUUAACAGAUUUGUGUUUGUUGAGAAUUAGUUGAGACAGCGUUAGCACCUGUCAGGUUUGAUUGUGGGGAAAACUGGAUAAUUUUGAGCUUUUGUCAGCUAAUUUCAUCUUCCGGGUUUAAUAUAAUUUUUGGGGGGGAUCAAAAACUGUGACGUAGCGUGCAUCUGCGAGUGGAGUGAUGAUGCGUCGGUUUUCAUUAUUACACAUCGUAUCCCAUGAGAAGACACUGCUUCUUAAUUAUUCAUGAGAGCAUGUGCUUUCAGAAGGCAAGGCAGAACUGCCAAGCUGUGAGACCCAAUGACUGGGUGAGCCCAUGUCAGCACAUGCCACGGGUCGUAUGUGUUUGUUUCCAUGAUCCACGGGGUUUAUUGCAUGUUUUUCUUUGUGAUUCUUUCAGGCCCAAUACAGUAAAGCUGUUGGUUUGCAGCACAUAUUUUUGUUGGGCGAGCUGUUCGAGAAAUGGAAAAUGGUGGACUUUGUCUUUUAUCAAUUGAGUUUGUUACCAUUCAGACACAUUGCCUAUAUCCGUGCUGCUGUGUUCACCAUUUGCUUAAAAUCUUCUAGAUACCUCAUUUAUAGUGUUUAUAUAAACACGAUUAUCUAUAUGAUGAUACAAAAAAUUGUUGUUAUGUGUAUAUAAAAUUACGAAUAAUCUAUCGUAUAUGUAGCAGGGGAUUAAAUUACGUGAAGUUUCCACAAACUAAUAUCCAGACGAGCAUGUGAUAUGAUUGAUCACAGCUGAUCUCUCAUCUAUAAUCAAUAGUUAGCCAAUCAGAUUAAUCCAAACUCACUAUAAGUAGCCUGGCUAAAACUACUGCCUUAUCAUCGUUUCUCGAAGAAACCCCCAUCCACCCCAUCUCCUCCUGUACCAGGGGGAGCUCUCAAGAACUACCUAAUCUCGUACUUCCCUUACAUGCUCAUUGACCAGGCGGGAAUCCUGGGCUCAAUUAUCACAAAGCUUAGGCUUCUCUUCCAGGCUUCUUUUCCAGGCAAACCUGCUAUUAUUAUCAAGCAAUAUCUAAGUGCGAACUCUUGAAUAACCAUUUAUUUAUUUGCAUUUUAACUUUGUAAACUAUAAAAUCAUGCGUCUCCUCACGGUUUGUGUCUCAUUUUGCUAGCCAACUGAAAGUUGUUCGCUCUUUUUCCCCCUGCUCUGCCGGCCACGCCCACUCCUCCCUCCGCUCGCAGAGCUCCACGCCCAUUACGAAGCAUUUUUUGAAAGAAUUCGGAGGUAGACUUGAAUCGAAAAAGGGGGGUUUAAUGGCCCUUUAAAUUGCUCCAUCUCCACCUGCUGGUAAAAAAAGCAGAGCUCUGGAUAUGGCGAGUCUGCAAUCUGUUGCUUUUCCUGCAGUUUUCGGAUGAAAUGUUGAAUUUUAAAAGUCGAAUUUAAAACCACCGAAUUUAUGGAAGCAAAUUUCUAAAACUGAAAUAAAAUGAGCUGAAAAUUGCCUUUUGAAUAUUAUACAUGGUAUUUUCAAACACAACUGAAUAUUUUAGAGGUGAAAUCUGGAAGUUGAAUAUGAAGUAUUGAAUUGAAGAAUGUGUUUUGAAUUGAAUUAUUCACUGCUUAAAUAAACACUAGACACUAUGGACAAUUUCAGGACCUAAAAUACAAACCUUGGCAAUUUAAGCCAUUAAAAAUUAAGUGUAUUUUUUUUUUUAGUUAGUGCUAUUCGACAAGCUUUUUACUUCAAUACUUUUGGCACCGAUUUUGUUCCAUAGGUUUCAAUCACCUUGUUAAUAGGCAUUUUGAAAGUAUUGCAUAUAACGCAUAAAACACGUUCAAAAAUACGUUUUUAUGCUCGCUUGAGGUGGUUCGGACAUGUGUUUUUUGGUUUUGUGGAAAGGGCUUAAUGCAAAUAGUUGGAGAUGGAAACGCAUUUGCAGAAUAAACUUGUAGAGGACA